AUGGGCCGAAAAGCGAUCGAUAUCGAGCACAUGGUGAGCUUCCCGCCUGCUGGCGGUCAAGUGUGGCUUGCUCGCGCACAAACCAAGUAUUAUCUUUCGUGCCUGGACGACCACCUGCCUGGUGUGCUCGCGGCUCUUUAUGGCUUGCUAGCGAUCAGCUAUCGUUUCCUCCCGAUUACCUCAAACACAGCAGCGCGUGGACGCGCAAGGACAGGUCGAGCUUACUCUCCAGCAGGAGUUUCCUCUCCUCUCGAGGUUGACGAGCACAAGAACCAGCACCCGUUCUUUGUCAUCUUCAAGUCCCCGGCCUUACCACAGCUCAACCAAAGCACUGCACCGAGGCUGCACGAGGUCUUCCGUCCUCAACGGGACGCGGGCAAUCUUUUUGACUCGGGUAUAGUACCGGCUUUUCAUGAGAUCAAGUCGCACAGUACCUAUCUCGUCCGAUCCCGCGCUGUCGUAUCCCAGGCUUCCCUUUCCCAGAUUGCCUCCUUCUCAAUCAACAUCGUCUUUCCCCAUCUUGACUUUAGACUUGGGACUCCUGGUGGUAGGGACAUAACAACCACCAAGGAGGCCGUGAUGAAGCAUCUUCAUGCAGCAGCAGACAACAAACUCAAGAUCAAGAUCCGGCGGUUGCCAUCACAAAAGGUGGCUCAUGCCCAAAUCGUCGCACAAGCGGCCGUUGUCCAAGUCGCUGAUCAGCUCCUCGCCGUCUAUUUCCCUGCGAAGGUGACGAUGGAUGCACAUGCAACCAGUCUUCGUUAUGCCAAAGCACGUAAUCUCGAGCUUGGUUUGCAUCAGUCACUUCACAAGUAUUAUCUGGAUCACCUAAACCGCUUUCCCGACCUUCAACAGGCGCUCUCGUCUGCGAGCGCACCUGCAGCACUCCCCGGAACACGAGGACGAGACGCAGCCGAGUCCGAAAUCGUACUUCCUCCGGCGAGAAGCGAGGACCCGCAUGUCGAAUACCUCUUCGCCGGGAGCGAACGCGCGGACCUCUUUCCAGACCUCCAACAUGCGCAGGAUACAUGCACCGGUGCGAUGACCGAAGAGAUUUGA